AUGGUGCGCAGCUCCAAUGAUGGCCUUUGGCGUGCAACAUUGCGGGGUCGGGCACUGCUGGGAGAGGAGGUGCAACUGCCCGAGGGCUACGCCAUUGCCAUGACGACAGUCACCACAAACAAAACGUUCUCCCCGCCAUCCCCCACCUCUGCGUCGCUUUCCACGUUCAUCACCCCGACCGCCGAGGCAGACGAAAUCGAGACGCCCGAUCAGGUUUCCAUUCAAGCAUGUGCGUCACGCUAUGUGGUAUGGGAACACGAUAAGGCACCGACGGCUGCUGCCACCAUCUCGCAAUGGGUCACGCUAGCGCAGCUGAUCCACACAUCUUCGCAGUGA